ACUGAGUUACUCACUAGGCAUGGCUUCCCAGCCUCAGGGGGGAAAAACAGUUUUAGACGUCCAGACCUGGGAGCAGACAUUUCAAGAGCUGAUGCAGCAGGAGAAACCCCGGGCCAGAUGGACCCUGAAGCUGGAUGAGAAACUGGAGCCGGACUGCCUUGCCGAAGGCUGGAAGCAGUACCAGCAGAAAGGAUUUGGCAGGUUCCAGUGUUCCUCAUGCCGGCGAAAUUGGGCUUCCGCUCAAGUGCAUAUCCUCUGUCACAUGCACCUGGAGCCCCAGAAGUCCCAGGGCCAGGUGAUUAUGCGGCUCUUUGCUCAGAGGUGCCAGAAGUGUUCCUGGUCUCGAUUUGAGAAUCCUGAGUUCUCCCCAGAGAGUGCCAUGCGAAUCCUGAAAAACGUGGUGCGGCGUAUUCUGGAGAAAUUCUAUGGGAAUGGCUUUAGGAAGUUUCCGGAGCUACCAAUCAUCCGGGAGGUGCCUUUGGAUGGGUCCCAUGACACAAAAAAUUGUGAAGCAUGCACCCUGGGCUGCUGUUUAUGGAGGUCACGAAACAACGUGACAGAGCCAUCAAUAUCCCCAUCCACCUUUAUGGAUAUUAGGAGUUCCUCUUGUCACAUUGGUGACGUGUCUGGCCAAAACCAGGAGUGUGGGUCUAACUAUAUCUUGAAGGAGUCAGGGUCCCGCCAUACCACUGCUGAGACCCAAGCUCCUGGAGCAGGGCCUCAGCCCAAAGGGGAGACUAGUAGACCGCCCACCCCAACGGCAGAUAGGCAGGCCACACAGGAAAAUUCACAACCCACACAGGAGAUAGCACCACAGACACCCUGGAGGACAUACUCUGAGGUUUUAAGGAUGGCCCGCCAACAGUCUACACAGCAGUCAUUCUCACAAGCCACAUGGACCAUGCCAAGGAUAAUCUCGAGGUCUACAAUAGGGUCAUACCCUCAGACUAGAGGAAGAACAGCCCCCUCUACACUAGGGUCACACCUACAGCUUACACGGAGGACAGCUAGGGGCCUCGUGAUCCUCAGUAGAACUCAAGCUACCUGGAGACGUCCACCCAGAUACUCCGUUCCAAACACCCAUCGCAUAUACCCUCAUUCAGUGCAACGAGAUCCGCUUCUGGCCACGGGACCUCCACCGGGAGCUGGCCAAAACCAGUACCUGAUUGACCUAAAGUCCAACCCAGGACCAUUUCCUAGGGAAGUUGGCUGUGAUGAAGUUUUAGAAUAUAAGUGA